AAGCCCAUCGAGCCAAAGUGUUCCAGGAGAUCUGUUUGGCGUUUGUCGGUUUCGCACCGGGCAGUGACGAGUUGCAGGAACUGUACAAUCUGGUACUCGAACACGACGGUUUGAUCACAGAAGAUCUGAAUGAUAAACGGCUCACUCACGUUGUGGUCACAGAUGCCUGGCCUGGUCAUGGCAACAUCUUGGAGCGUUUGAAGGAGUUGAUGAUCAACGAACCGAGCAAUGCGUCCCGGUCGACUCUGCAAUCAUCUCGCCUACUCGACUCGCCUUCCUUAACGGAAGAGGCACAGUAUCGUAUAUGCAUGCUAGGGAUCAGUUAUCGCGUGCCAGUUGUUCGACUCGAGUGGUUUUGGCUCUCCUUACAACUUACUUGUCUGUGUCGAUUGGAACCUUAUUUGUACGUGGCUGGUCCAUCACGAAAUACGAGCACAUCACUCACUCAUACUGGUCCAGUCCCAUUGCCUCCACUUGCACGCCCUAGUAUAGUUUCGAUCGAUGCUGAGGCAUUUGGUGGCAUUGGUGGUGGUACGGACCAUCCGAUCGCCCCUGUAUUAUCCAUCGGAGCCACUUCCAGUCCGUUGCUCGGUGAGCCGGGUGCACAAAUCUCUCUGAUUACUUGUGAUGACGCAAUUGAAGAAGUUGACGAGCCUGGACCAUCGCCAGAUCGGAGUCCUGCGGAAGCGCCUAUCGGUCCCACGUCGGCCUCAUUCGCAAACGAACAUCGUUCGGACAGUAUGCUCGAGGAGAAAGAAAAUCUGUGCCCACGAGAAGCGCAUUCAUUAAAUUCUCCCGGCCAGGCACACCUAUCACCGGAAUAUGACUUGCCUCGACGGAAGAGCGCUAUUCACGGGGCUGUGCGGUUAAAAUCACCAUUGGCUACAUCCACAGACAAGGUUUCAUUCGUCACAUCACCGAGGCACGCAAAUAGUCCGCGGGGUUUUGUCAGUCCACCCGGAGACAUGCGCCGUAGUUUCGGUCACGUUCCGAAUCCGUUGCGCUCGGGGUCCAAUCUGAGCGCUCACUCGAGUCACGACAACCUGCUCACACAGUUAGCCGAUCCGCUCACAGUUCCCAGUAAUCGUGAGCGUCGUCUGUGCCAGAUUGCCAGUCAGCAACCGAUGCAAUGCGACGGGCAAACGCAAUCCCCUCCUCCUCCGCCGUCUGCUGGAUCCCUAAUGACACCGUCGGAAUUGGAUGCUCGCGGUCUAUCUGCGGAACUGCCCGGUACAUGUUGGUCUCCGGGCAGUUUUAACUCGGCCCUACUGUUGAAUGCCACAAAUGCGAGCGAUUGUAACACCAGUUGUGCACAGGCACAAAAUCGUGGCAGUUAUGGUUUGGGCUCAUUAGUGGGUUCAUUGCGUGAUGUAACUCAGAAAGGUUCCGUAGACGGUGAAGUCAUUCUCGAUCCGGAUGCGUCUGGAACACUGAAGUCACCGGCCGCACAGAUUAUCGGUAACCAUACACAAACAUCAACACCAGCCAGUGGAAAGCACAAGUCCACCAGUCGUUUGAGCCUGUUGCAUAAUGCCGCACGAAAAUCUCGCACACCUGCGUCUGAUUUCACCGUCAGCGGCGGUCGCAGUGGUGGCUCACCAAGUGUCUCAUCGAGCCCUCAUUUAGAUGGUCUCCGUGACACCCCUCUUCGUGUUCGACUGGAAAAGCGUCAGCAUCGCGUAUUUGAGUUCUUUGUCACCGAGCGGAACUAUGUGGAUAUUCUGCAAUAUCUUUACCGUGUUGCGUAUCCGCAAGUGAUUGAUGAGGAUCAAUCCGGUGGACCAAUUCUACCGCGCCAGGAAGCGGACUAUGUGUUUGGCAAAUUGGGUGCGAUUGUCGAUCUGCACGAACGUCUGCAACCACAAUUGACCCAACUGGAAACCAAUUGGUCAUUGACCGAAAGUUGUCUGGGGGAUGUGUUGCACAUGGAACUACUGGACGAAAUGGACAAGGCUUACGGAAACUAUAUGCAAUUCUACAGUCCACCUCAUCUGCAUCAUUUGGGUGAACAGUUUCCUCGUUUUCUGGCGUUUAUGCGUCAGGUGGAACGGCGCCGUGAAUCAGGUCGCCAGAGUCUGGCUGCACUACUGGUGCGGCCGCCGGAAAUGUUGUCCUCAUCGCGUAGUUUGGUCGCCCGAUUAAAUGUGUUCGAACUGGGCACCAGCACUUCCGGGAGUACCACAUGUGAACCGGUCACCUUGUUUCUCCUCACCGACUGUUUGGAAGUGGCAAGGCCUCGAAAACGACACACGGGCGAACCUUUGGCCCACGCGAUGCGAGCUGCACUGGCCGCGGUCCAAGGUUGGUUUUGGUUUCACAGACUCGGUCUCGUUUUGACAUUUUAUAUACUGCGCAUUCAAUUCGCCACUAAUGAUGAUUUUAGCACACAAUUAGUUAUUUCCAGCAAAGAAAUAAAAAACAGGUAUACAUGGCGGUGGUGGCCAAGUGGUUUGGUCAUCAAAUUGAGACCCGAAAUUUCGAGGUUCGAACCGCUCCACCGCCGCCGGUUCCCUACUUCCGUAUUUCCCCAGUCAACCUUUGUAUGA